UUUUGAUGUGAUGCCAAUGUCCUGUUUUGCAGUUUACAGUUCCACAUCAUCAUGGCUGCAGAAACCUUUGAUCUUGACUAUUUGGCUUGCCUGGAAGACUCGUCCAGAAAGCUGGAGUCCACCUCACAACAACGACUGGAGCUGAUGCUGAAGGCCCAGAGGGAGGUGGACACCUACCUGGAACAGCUGAGUUUGGACCAUCCCACAGGAUGGGUGAUACCACCUAAAGAAGUACAGGGCCAGGUACAGGGGCCUCCAAUGGCAGAGCUGCUUCCCAUACAGGAGAAUGGUGUCAGUAUAGAGGUAGCACUGCAACACUUCAGCCGUAUUGGUGAGGAGGCAGGACGAGAAGGUCACCCCGGGCACAUGGCGGCGGUCCCCGGCAACUCCACCGCCCCGGGUGCCAUCGGAGACUACUUAGCAGCCUCCUUUGAUCCACACCACGUCACCUUCAGUCGAGGGGCUGUAAACAUGCAGCAGCAGAUUGUGCAGUGGGUGGGCCAGCUGUUCGGGUACCCGAGCACAUGCGCUGGAAAUCUCACGUCAGGCAGUACUGCGGCAAUCAUGGUUGCCAUUGGAACAGCCAGAGACAAGAAGGUCCCAGAAAGUAAAGACUACAGCAGGAGUGUGUUAUACAUCAGUGAGUUGACACACGACAGUGUGGAGAAAUGCCUGAACACACUCGGGAUGCGGGAGGCGGUGAUCAGACAUGUGCCUGUGGAUGACCAGUAUAGAAUGGACGUAAACAAGCUGCGCAAAUUCAUUGAAGAUGACUUGAAGGAUGACCUGCUCCCAUUCCUUGUGGUGGCCACUACAGGGACUACAGACGUCGGCUCCGUGGAUCCUGUCCCUGCCAUUCGAGCCAUCGCUACUCAGUACAACAUGUGGCUGCAUGUGGACGCCUGCUACGGAGGCUUCUUCGUGCUCUGUGACUCCACUAAACACCUCUUUGAAGGGGUGGAGACAGCGGACUCCAUCUCUGUGGACCCUGACAAGGGGUUGUACGCUUCAUUUGGGACUGGUCUCGUCCUCAUGCGAAACGGCGCCUUGCUGCAGAACUCAGAGGACUUGACCUUUGAGCAGAGUGGCCACUUUAGAGCCCCGAGUAUCUGGCUGCCUCUCAAGCUGUACGGAGUCUCAACUUUCCGUGAUGCCCUCCAGGAGAAACUUGAACUGGCCAAGUACCUGUACCUCCGACUCAAAAAUCAGCCACAUCUGCAUGUGGUGAAACCGGUGCUGUCCGUUGUGUUGUUCCGUCUCACUGGUGCGAGCGACAAUGCUAACAAUCACAGUCUCCUGGAAAAGAUCUUGGCCGAUGGACGCUUCUUCAUCACCAUAACCACGGUGAAGGGCAUCCAGUACCUGCGAGCCUGUAUCUUCUGCUUUAGGACCCAUCGUAAGGAGCUGGAUGUCUUCAUCAACAAAGUGUUGAGUGCUGUGGCUGAGAUGGGGCUUCCUGAAGAUGAUUCCUCCCAUAAAGGGUGAAGCAUGGCACGGAUUUAUUAGGCCAAUGAGGUUAUACUUAUAGUCUCUCCACUAUAACCUCCUUGAUUUACUGAGGCUUGGGAAAAUAUGAUGUGUAUCAGAUUUCAGUUCUGAAAAGUAGGAUUCUCUUUUUGGGGGAAUUUCAGCUAAAAAAUACAGUCCAACAAAUACAGUCUGAUGUAAAACUGAAAUGUAUCAAGAACAGGGCUGUCUGCGCAUGCAUUACCAAUCUUUCCAUUAGCUUGUGGGGAAGGGACACAACAUCUUUUUCCUAGACCUUAGGCAUGUCAGACAGUUAGGCAGUUCUCCAAGCAGAUGUUUUGGUUGUGGGUUAUUUUGUUGUUUUUUCAGCCUUUUUUCUUUUUUUCUUUGUCACCCUAGUGGAGGCUGCAAUUUCUUGGAAUGAUAAUCCAUAUGGUAUUACCUGUGGUGGCAUUAUGCCUGUUACAGGUGCUUAAUUAUGUGGAUGAAAUGCUAUCUUUAAAUUGAUUAGCAAUGAUCUUAAUUAGAACAGCUAUCUAAUUCAAUUGACAUUUUUUCAUUAUGGUUACAUACAUCCACCACUCUAUACUCUAUAAAACAGUGCGCGAGAUCUCUUAGUAGUCCAGCACCAGUACCAAUCUGUGUUGCUCUUGCUAUAAGCACCACCUACUGACUCCU